GCGCAGGGGGUGGGCGGCGGCGGCAUGAGGCGCGGGGCCUGCGCCCGCGGGAGGGAGGCGCUGCCGGCGGCCCUGCCAUUCCCGCUGGAGCUCCUCGUCUUGCCCUGCCCACGGGGCCCCGGCCGCUCUCGUCCCGGCCGCCGCUCGGGCCGCUGCUGGUGACCACUCGCCGCGCCGCCGGAGGCUUCACCCGCGCCCUCCCUCAGGACGCUCCCGCGGAGCUUUGGGCUCUAAGCCCCGCUCGCGGAGGCAGCGCUGCGUGCCGGGCGACGGCGAGUCCGGAAGAUGGCUUGGGUGCUCAAGAUGGACGAGGUGAUCGAGUCCGGGCUGGUGCACGACUUCGACGCCAGCCUUUCGGGCAUCGGGCAGGAGCUGGGUGCCGGCGCUUACAGCAUGAGUGAUGUCUUGGCAUUGCCCAUUUUCAAGCAGGAAGAUUCCAGCCUUCCAUUGGAUGAUGAAACCAAAAACCCGCCCUUUCAGUAUGUGAUGUGUGCCGCAACAUCACCAGCAGUGAAGCUGCACGACGAAACGCUCACGUACCUGAACCAAGGUCAGUCCUACGAAAUUCGAAUGCUGGAUAAUCGGAAAGUGGGCGACGUGCCUGAGAUCACUGGGAAGUUGGUGAAGAGCAUCAUAAGAGUUGUAUUCCACGAUAGACGGCUACAGUAUACCGAGCAUCAGCAACUUGAAGGUUGGAAGUGGAAUCGCCCAGGAGAUAGACUUCUUGAUUUAGAUAUUCCAAUGUCAGUGGGAAUCAUUGACACGAGGACAAACCCAAGCCAGUUAAAUGCAGUUGAAUUUCUGUGGGACCCUGCGAAACGCACAUCCGCCUUCAUUCAGGUACACUGCAUCAGCACAGAAUUCACUCCACGGAAGCAUGGAGGUGAAAAAGGAGUGCCUUUCAGGAUCCAGGUUGACACCUUUAAGCAGAACGAAAAUGGGGAAUACACAGAUCACCUACACUCAGCUAGCUGCCAAAUCAAAGUUUUCAAGCCGAAAGGUGCAGACCGGAAACAGAAAACUGAUCGAGAGAAGAUGGAGAAGAGAACUGCUCACGAAAAAGAAAAGUAUCAGCCAUCCUAUGAUACCACGAUCCUCACAGAGUGUUCUCCAUGGCCCGACACCCCCACAGCCUAUGUGAAUAACAGCCCCUCCGCUGCGCCCACCUUCGCAUCCCCACCGCAGAGCACUUGCAGUGUCCCCGACAGCAAUUCUUCUUCCCCAAAUCAUCAGGGAGAUGGAGUUUCACAGACCUCUAGUGAGCAACUUCAGCCUUCAGCCACAACCCAGGAAACACAGCAGUGGCUGCUCAAAAACAGGUUUUCUUCCUACACAAGACUGUUCUCCAACUUUUCAGGUGCCGACUUAUUAAAACUGACAAAGGAAGAUUUAGUGCAAAUUUGUGGUGCAGCCGAUGGAAUUCGGCUCUAUAAUUCCCUGAAGUCAAGGUCGGUUAGGCCACGCUUAACCAUCUACGUCUGCCAGGAGCAGCCGGGCAGCGCAGCGCUGCAGGGGCAGCAGCCGGCUGCGGGCCAAGGAGCCGAGAAUGGCAGCGGGACCCCCUACGUUUAUCAUGCCAUCUACUUGGAAGAAAUGGUUGCCUCAGAAGUUGCUCGAAAACUUGCCUUGGUGUUUAAUAUCCCUUUCCACCAGAUUAACCAGGUGUACAGGCAGGGUCCCACUGGUAUUCACAUUCUUGUUAGUGACCAGAUGGUUCAGAACUUUCAGGAUGAGAGUUGUUUUUUAUUCUCCACAGUAAAAGUUGAAAAUAGUGGUGGUAUCCACAUAAUUUUGAAAUGAUGUCUUAUGUAGUCUGAACUAUAUUCAGCACCAAAUAAAGUCACGCUUAAAAGUGUGUGAAGACUGAAUCCAAGAAGUCUUGGGAUUGGAUUUUACUGUAUGAAAUGUUUCAUAUUGAAAACACAAGAUGACCUUUCUAAUGAGCUGUAUGAGAGGCGAAUCUCCUCACUGUCACUGCCAUAGCCAAGCAUCCUCGUGAGAGUGAGCACUUCGGGACAGCACGCCUGUUCUAGGGGCUGCGGCGCAGGCAGGCGGGCCGCCUGCCUGCUUCUCUGGCCGAGGCCAGUGGAUAGAGUUCCUAGAAGCAGCCUUUGCUGUCUUUUUACACUGUAUGCGGUUUGGAAAUGAAUGUAAAAACAUACUGUGGGCAUUUACCUUUCUGCGCCAGUUUGGCUGGUGCCGCCUGAACCUUCUGCUGAGCUGGGGCCGGGGGACAGUGCUGUUGUGGAGCCAGCAUGGAAUCUGUGUGUGGAGAGGUGCCACAUGCUGACAUGGUGACUGUGGUCAGGUAAGAGGCUUGCCACCUUCUCAGAAGAAAUCAUGUCUAACUAAGGGUGUGCGUCUCACGUCGUCCGUCAUGCCAGAUGGGGAGGAGCCAAGCAGGAGGGCCGGAAGCAAGCUGCAUUAUCCAGAGUACCUUGGUGAGAGGAUCAGUGUAAAUCCUAAUAGGUACAAAGACUUCUGUGUUUUUGCUUUGUCACGGAUUUAUUGAAAAACUUUUUGCUUGUGCUUUCAUUUUUAGCAUUUUGUUUCUGGUUUUCAUCUUCGAAGCCCCAUUGCCUUUAAACUUCUGUGGUUUUCUGUUUCCGCUGUCCCUGUGUCUGAUCCCUCUGAACUGCCCACCCCACCUCAGCCUGCACCGUCCCCUCCUUACACAUCUUCCAAGUCCCGCCCCAGCGUCGGAGCUAGGUGACCGAAGCAGGAGAAAACAUAGUUUCUGACAUUGUGGUGAGGGGUCUUCAUUAUCAACAAGUGGAAAUGAUUCUGGGAACACUAAACAUCAUAAAUCAAACACUAUAUUGUACCAUGAAAAUUCCUUAAACUUCUCAAACAUUGAGCUUUAUAGUACAAUCAUGAGUAGAUGUUCUGGUGAUUACUUAGAGGCUUUUUAUACACCACACAAUAGUUUCCUUUUCUGUAAAGAGAUUGCCUCUUUCACAAAACCAAAUGCCGUGUCUCAUAUGCUUUUCAAAGGGAACCUGGUAUUUUCCUGAUUUUUUUCCUACUGUCUUUCUCUCUUCCCUUCACCCAAAGCCCUUCCCAGAAUUCAUCAGCAAGCAUUUUUCAGGUCUGUAGUGCGGCACGCCCAGUUUGUUUUUAAACUGUAAUUCCAUUGUAGCACCUCUGUCCACUUACCCAGGUGUCUUGGUUUCGAAUGUGUUGUUUGAUCUUCAUCUUUGUACAGGCAGAAACAGGAAUGAGUCAUUCUGAAUUUAAAAUCUCUCCCAUAAAGGAGGUUGUCUGAUACAAAGAAGCACUAUUUCUAAAUAUUUCCACCUUCAGUUUUAAAAUAUCUAUAAUUCUCAUAGACCCUAAAGCAGGAGAGCCUUUGUUUCUGUCAUUUUCCCUUUGCUUUUAUAUGAACACAUUUUCUAUACCGAUCACUUGGGAAAGAAGUCAGCUUCCACUGUUUUAGUUUUGCUUGUCUACUUAGCAUUUCUUUUUGAGUCUCAAAGAUUUAUGGAACAAUAAGUGUCAUUUAAUGCUGUGUGCUAUAUUGAGUUCUGCGUUGGGUUUUAGAAGUUGGGUAAAAAUAAUUUAAAGCUCGUCAAACUUGAAACUACACCAAAUGGUGUUGAGCAUUAGUCUGUCCAAGUGAAACAAGUUAAAUUAUGGCACCAGCAAAUUUGCUACUUUGUUUUUUUUAAUAGUAGGAUGUAUACAUCUCCGUAUAAUAAAUGUUUUCCGACUGUUUUUGCAAAUGUGUGUCUCAUUUGAAAAUCCCAGUCCCUGCCAGUGUCACAGGACAGUAGAUUCAAGUGGCUCCAUGGGUAUGUUCUGAGUUCCCACCAAUCUGAAUGUUUUCUAAGAGCUGUGGCCCAGGUUAUUUCUGCCCAGUAACUUCCACACCUGAAGCAGAUCUGAUUUUAUCAGGUUUCUCCAGUUGUGUAAAUAAGGUCAUUGAGCACUGUCACUGUGAUAGCUUAGGCAUUUACAUCAAAUGGAAACUAUAAUGCAUAAUCACCAAAGCACAUCUCUUACGUUGUUUAUUUAAAUAGCAUCCUGCAUCAGUCCCCACACAGUGGUGCAAAUGUAUAUUUAAGUAACUGCAAAAUAUGUAGGCAAGUGAGUAUCAGAGUAUAUCAUAAAGCAAUAAAAUAAGGACUUGAAUGCUUGUUUGGGUAGUCCCAUUAAGUUGAUUUACGGGGUUGUGAAUUUACAUGCAUGUCCCCUCUUCCUAGAGUGCAGCUGAAGCAUCAUGUCCUAAAUGCUUCUAAAACUGUCCACCUAAUAGAAGUACUGCUAGUCGUGGGGAAAAUGACACCUUGUCUUUGCUGUUUAACGUCACAAGCUCUGGACUCUUCAGUCCGGGAGUGGUUGCGAGGAAGGGUGGGCUCCCGUUAGCACACGUUUGCUGUGAAGGUGGUGAUGUGUUCCUGACCUUAGUAAAGACAACACGUGGACAGCACAGGCAGAAACUAAAUCGAUCGCCUUACUGGAAUUUAAAUAACGUUGGGUCUUGAAUUUAGGAAAUGGUUUUGCUCAGAUUGAUCUACCAGAUUAUAGCAAUAAAACCCUCUGACUUAAGCAUUGCAAUGGUUUAUCCAUUUUUAUAUUUUGAGUCGCAAAGGUGCCAACACUUUACUGAUCGGAGUUUU